UAGAAUUUUGUCACAGUCAACUGAGUCAAGAAUUCCUUUUUCCCAAUCUUGUUUUUUAUUCACAGUCUUUGUUACAGUAUUUUGAUUUAUGGUUGUGAAGUGGAGCCGUGAAACACGUCUACCUGUCGACCCAUCUGCGCGUCACAACACUCGCACAGUCGCAGCCUUAUCCAGUUCGCUGGUGCUGCACACUUUGCCUGUAUGUUCUAGCGUGUUUCGCUGAUCGUGUGUAUCUCAGAUUCGCGUUCCUCAGACUCCCCACUGUUUAUCGAGCAACGCUUCCAGCUGUUGUGAUUCUCCUUGCGCCUACGACGUCUCCCAUCCGUCAUGACAUCGAAGAGACCUUCGGGAGGUUCUCCCCAUCCGGAUCAGCGGGAUCAUGACCACCCCGCGGGUAUCGUGCCGCCCGAGGAGCAGCCAGGCUACGAACUGCGCAUUCCUGACUUCUUCACGGGCUACGCCACCCCGGUCGGCCGCACGGCCGAGGAGGAUCAUCGGCCACCUGGGAAACGCCAGAUCCCCAAGGUGGACCAGGUUGCCAAUAAUCCUUGCUGGGAAGAAUCCAAGGCAGCGAUGCGAUGUUUAGACGAGAAUAAUUAUCAGCAGCAGUUCUGCACGCGCUACCAUGAAAAUUACACCAACUGCCGCAAAUUCUGGACCCGUGUGUAUAAUGAUCGGAGGAACAAGGAUCUUGUGCCGUGGCUGCCGCCGCCGGAAGAGCGGCGGGUCAUGGAGGAGCACUAUCGCAAACUGUGGAACAUGUGACUGCCGUCGUCCUUUCGUGAAUGGCCCGCUGAGUUUGCAGUGUUCAAGUGUUUUUUGUAAUAUUUUUGACAGUGAUUUGUUUUUUAUGAUGCUGUUUAAUAUGGGUUCGGUUUCGGCCUUAUGAAGAACGAAUGUUGUGCCAUGAUGCGUCUGGCAUAUCCUUGUUGCCUCUGAGCUGGGUGCCCUCUCUGUUCAUACGCUGCAGUAAUCAAAACACUGACUACCGG